AUGGUGCAUGUUUCGUUUUACCGGAACUAUGGGAAAACGUUCAAGAAGCCUCGUCGUCCAUACGAGAAGGAGCGAUUGGACGCAGAGUUGAAGCUGGUGGGAGAGUACGGACUUCGGUGCAAGAGAGAGCUGUGGAGGGUUCAGUACGCUCUGAGCCGUAUCCGUAACAAUGCAAGGAAUCUCUUGACACUGGAUGAGAAGAAUCCUCGCCGGAUCUUUGAAGGUGAAGCUCUUUUGCGGAGAAUGUUUCGUUACGGGCUCCUUGAUGAGACUCAGAACAAGCUCGAUUAUGUCUUGGCUCUCACUGUUGAGAACUUUCUCGAGCGCCGUCUUCAGACACUUGUCUUCAAAUCUGGCAUGGCUAAGUCCAUCCAUCAUGCUAGGGUUCUUAUUAGGCAAAGGCACAUCAGGGUUGGGAGACAGGUGGUGAACAUUCCAUCAUUCAUGGUGAGGGUUGAUUCACAGAAGCACAUUGACUUCUCACUCACGAGUCCUCUUGGUGGUGGUCGUCCUGGUCGCGUGAAGCGAAAGAACCUUAAGGCUGCAGCUAAGAAGGCUUCUGGCGGUGAUGGAGAUGAGGAGGACGAAGAUUAA